AAAAAGUAUUAUAAUCCAAAAAAACAUUAGCUUCAACCUCUUACUGGGAUUUACCAACACAGUAAUAAACCUGCAAAGUAACAAAAAAUAACAACUAGCAAACUAGUCAAUAGUGUAUUUUGCCAGUAGUUUAUUUCACACCAUCUCGAGAAACAAAAUAGCAUUGAGAGAUACUUUAAACACUUUAGAAUUGUAUGAAGACUGAUGUAAAACUAGGUAUAAAGACGUAUAAAACUACAUACAGUAUGUGAACUGGAGUUUUUUAAAGGCAGCUACAGUUAACGUGCAGUUGUAUUUACAAAUGUGUUACUUAUGCACAGUGUAUGCUGUAGUAAUUUAAUAAAUCAAUAUACAUGGGUACAUUACUAUGAUAUUUGUUUUUUUCUGGCAUCUCUUAUUUGCUGACCUCCUGUUUUCCUAUGUGACACAGGCAUGUGCACACACUGCACUGGGAGACAGAGAAGCCCUGUCUGCACUCUGAGCACACUCAUUAGCUUGAUAAAGAGCUGCAGAGGAGAGGAGGGAGGGAUGAAGGGAAAGUGUGAGGAGUGAGAUUGGCAGGUCCUGAAUCCUGAUCUCAUUCCCUCUUCUGCUCCUCCACUUUGAGCUCAGAGGAGAAGUGAAAAGGAAGGCUAGGGAGAGAAAGGGAUAGAAGUUGAUUGAGAGAGCAAGAGAGAGAGAGGAGGACAGAGUCAAAGCAGAUACUUGUCUCCUUCAAGCGUGAGUGACAAGAGGAAAGAUGAGUGAGCUGGUCAAUAGCUCUGCCGUCCCGCUGAAUGACUCUUGGACGCUGCUCUCCAGAUCCCCGCUGCCCACAGUGUCCCCUGUGCCUGUGCCUGACCCCCUGCCCAUCAUCCUGGCUGUGCUGUGUCUGUUUGUGCUCUUCGCCAGCUGUGCUGCCUUCCUGGCGCUGUGCAGGCCCUCGGCGCUGGAGAGAGCACGUAAUGGGCACCGGGAAAGCAUGCCUCACCACAGUGGUGACACCAGCGAGCCGCAGCUGCGCCUCUGGAAACGCCUGGGCUCCCUGCGCCAGUCCCUCUCCUCCUUCCGCCGCACGCAGCGCCCUCCGGCCCCCUGCAGGAGCGCCCACAAUCCCCUGCCUUGCCUUGAUGCCACAGAGAUUUGAAUGGCGGGGGGUUGCAGUGACAGGACUGCUGUGGUCAAGACUCGACAGACCGUGCCGAUAGUCCAGGGUUCAAGAUGCGGUUUAUAUCUUUAUACUGUACCUUCAGCUUCUCUAUUAGAUCCCCUGUGCUUAUUUCUGGUGAGCUACUGUUGUCAGCAUUUCUACAAAACUGUCAUUUUUUGCUCUCAUUUGGAAAAAUGUAUUGCCUAAAUUUUUAGUUUUUAGCCAUUUUUAACAAAAGUGUUUCUACAGCAAUUUUCUUUGUCAGAGAAAGGUGUUUUUCUUCAAAGUCAGGAAAGAGUGAGAUCGGCAGACAAGGCCCUUAGAAAGCCUCCUUUGUGCUGCUGGGGAGAGGGGCAUAGGCAGAGAGACUGCUGGGAAUGCAAAGCUGCAGAUCCGGAUGGGGGAAUGUGGUAGCCCAAAGCUAACACCCCAACCACUGGAACCAAUCUGGUGGGUGAGACCUCACUGCUGUGGCGUGUCAGUAGUGUGCAGUUUUGUGAAAUGCAAGAGGAAUCUAACACUACUGCUUCUGUGUGUAUGAGUGAUUGUUCUUUUUUCAUGAAAUUUUAAACAGCUAAAACUUGAGCUCGCCAGCUCUGAGGGGUUAGUUGAUGGAUUCUCUGUGGGCUUUGCUUAAUAGAAACUCUGGCUCUUCAUACUUUUUUUAAACCAAGUUUUGUUAAACUGUUUUAUUUACUGCAUCACUUUUUGUUUUAUAAUAAAAAGAACAGGUUUUCAGAAAAGGCUCUUGAAUG